GCAGCCUCAGUGGCGUCAAGGUCAACAGACCCAGCCUGGCAGAUCUUCAUGAAGACCUCAAGAGGGAUGUUUUAUCUGUUCCUGGUGCUGUGGAUGGUGUUGCUAAUGGUGAUGGUACAGUUGAUACAGGAGGAAAGCCUUCUGAAAACAAGGAUGAAUUAGUCAGAUUUGGAUGGAUCAAAGGAGUGCUGGUGCGAUGUAUGUUGAAUAUAUGGGGUGUGAUGCUUUUCAUUCGGCUUUCAUGGAUAGUUGGCCAAGCUGGAAUAGGUCUUGGAGUCAUCGUCAUUUGCCUGAGUUCAGUGGUAACUGUUGUAACAGGUAUCUCUAUGUCAGCCAUUUGUACCAAUGGAGUUGUUCGAGGAGGUGGUGCCUACUAUCUCAUAUCCAGGAGUCUCGGACCAGAAUUUGGUGGAUCUAUUGGCUUAAUCUUUUCCUUUGCUAAUGCUGUAGCCGUGGCAAUGUAUGUUGUCGGGUUUGCAGAAACUGUGGUGGAUAUUCUGAAGGAAAAUAAUGUUCUCAUGGUGGAUUCAAUCAGUGAUAUACGAAUUGUAGGAUGCAUUACGGUAGUAGUACUUCUUGGCAUAACAGUAGCUGGCAUGGAGUGGGAAACAAAGGCUCAAGUUGUUCUUUUGAUAAUUCUUCUUAUCGGUAUUGCUAACUUUUUUAUUGGAACUGUCAUUCCAAGUACAAUUGAAAAAAGAAGUAAAGGUUUCUUUAACUAUCAAGCUCAAGUAUUUGCAGAGAAUUUUGGGCCGUCUUUCAGGGAUGGAGAAGGUUUCUUCUCUGUCUUUGCCAUCUUUUUCCCAGCUGCUACUGGCAUUCUUGCUGGUGCCAACAUCUCCGGUGAUUUAAAGGAUCCACAAGUAGCCAUCCCUAAAGGAACGAUGUUAGCUAUCUUCGUAACAACUUUGACUUAUAUAGCUGUUGCCAUCUGCAUAGGUGCGACUGUUGUACGUGAUGCUACAGGAAGUGUUAAUGAUACCAUCAGUGCUUUGACAAGUUGUAAUGGUUCAGCAGCUUGUAAAUUAGGAUACGAUUUCUCUGGCUGUGAUACACAGAUGUGCAAUUUUGGUUUAAUGAAUAACUUCCAGGUUAUGAGCAUGGUGUCUGGUUUUGGUCCCCUCAUCACUGCAGGAAUCUUCUCAGCUACUCUUUCCUCUGCCCUGGCCUCCUUAGUCAGUGCUCCCAAAAUUUUCCAGGCUCUUUGCAACGAUAACAUUUACAAGGGGCUGUAUUUCUUUGGAAAAGGUUAUGGAAAGAACAAUGAACCGAUUAGAAGCUACAUUUUAACCUUCGUUAUUGCUGUUGCAUUCAUUCUGAUUGCUGAACUGAAUACAAUUGCUCCAGUUAUCUCAAACUUCUUCUUGGCCUCCUAUGCACUUAUAAACUUUUCAUGUUUUCAUGCUUCAUAUUCAAAAAGUCCAGGAUGGCGUCCUGCGUUUAAAUUUUACAACAUGUGGGUGUCGCUGCUUGGAACUGUAUUGUGCUGCGCUGUCAUGUUUGUUAUCAACUGGUGGGCUGCUGUAAUCACAGUUGCAAUUGUAUUAUUCCUUAACAUUUAUGUCAUUUAUAACAAACCAGAGAUAAAUUGGGGCUCUUCAGCACAGGCCAUGUCUUACAUCACUGCCCUUCAAGAUGCCCUUUCACUGACUGGAGUGAAUGAUCACAUUAAGAAUUUCAGGCCACAGUGUAUUGUUUUGACAGGAUCACCAAUGUCCAGGCCAGCCUUGUUGGAUUUGACACUUUCUUUCACCAAGAAUUUUAGCCUCUGCAUCUGUAGUCAAGUAUUUAUGGGACCAAGAAAGCAAACAGUAAGUGACAUGAAUGUGAGCAUGGAUAACUAUCAGCAAUGGCUUUCGAAGAACAGAAAAAAAGCUUUCUAUGCAGCAGUGGCUGGAGACAACCUACGUGAUGGAGUAAAGUGCCUACUUCAGGCUUCUGGAUUGGGUCGAAUGAAACCAAAUACACUUGUGAUUGGAUACAAGAGAGACUGGCGUACAGAUAAUCCUCAGGAUGUUGAGAAUUACGUUGGCAUUUUGCAUGAUGCCUUUGAUUUUGAAUAUGGUUUGAUAAUUCUCAGAAUUAGCCAAGGGCUUGACAUCUCCCGCAUUCUUCAGAUUCAAGAAGAAUAUCAGAGAAAGGAACAAGAAAAAUUAGCAUUGGAAGCUGCUCAGAAAGAUGAACAAAAGGAUGGAAAACGAGGAAUCUGUUCACUGAAAUUCUUGAACAAAACUGUCAGAUAUAGUACUAAUGCCCUAUCAGUGAAUGAUCAGAAAGACUUUAAAAUCAGUGCUGGUCAUGCUGCGGAUUUUAAUCAACGCCUACUGGAAGCUAGUACUCAGUUCCAAAUGAAUCAGGGAAAAGGCACAAUAGAUGUAUGGUGGCUGUUUGAUGAUGGAGGUUUAACUAUUCUCAUUCCCUAUCUGUUAACUAUUCGCAAAAAAUGGUGUAACUGUAAAUUACGUAUCUUCAUUGGAGGGAAGUUGGACAGUAUUAAUGAGGAGAAACGAGCAAUGGCUGCACUUCUCGGCAAGUUCAGGAUUCAGUGUGCUGACAUCAAGGUCAUUGGAGAUAUUCACAUGAAACCAAGCAAAGAAAGCUGGAAAAUGUUUGAAGAACUGAUUGAACCCUACCAAUUACAUGAGGGUUCCAAGGAUCCUGCAACUGCAGAAAUACUGCUGAAAGAGCAUCCAUGGAAAAUUACUGAUGCGGAGUUAGAGAGAUUUAAAGACAAGACAUACCGACAGGUCAGACUCAAUGAACUUCUGCAGGAGAACUCCCGAUCUGCCAAUAUCAUUGUUGUGAGUUUGCCCAUUGCAAGGAAAGAAGCUGUAUCAAGUUACUUGUAUAUGGCUUGGUUGGAGACUCUUUCAAGAAACCUGCCACCUGUUAUAAUGAUCAGAGGAAAUCAGAAGAAUGUUCUGACCUUCUACUCCUAA